GGCGAGAAAAGUUCCGCGUUGCAGCGUGAGACCUGAGGCGACUCCUUCGACGCCGAGAAAAAGGGGCGCCGAUCGGAGAAAGGACGGCGAGAAAUCUCGGAGGCCGCGGAGGAGGCGAGUAAGAUCACUAAACCCUUUUCCUGUUCUUCUUCCUGAAACCCUAGCUGGUUUCACCUCCGUCGUUCUCCCUUCUCUCGCCAUGUUCGGUGAAUCCGACCAACGGAAGGACUCUCCCCCCAGUACCCAACCAGCGCAACCCAACACUAGCCCUCUUGAUCUUGAUGACUCGCCUUCGAAGCCGCAGAUCUUCCGCGAUGCUACUGCGUCGCCUCCCACCAAGCCUGGCCCAUCAUCCGCCCCCCAGGAGCUCACCCUAAGCUACCUGUGUGAUAAUCCCAAGCCUGGCCCCUCUGCCGUCCAGGAAAAGGAGGGUCUUGGCACCGAUCUCUUUGUUUCCAUGGAGAAAUCCCGGUUGAAAGGAAAGGAAAUCGCACCGGAACCCCAAACUGACGAUGAUCGGCGCUGGGUGGAACGGGACUUCCUGCAGUUGGCAGGUGGAAAGCCCUCUGCUAAGAGGGAGGCAACCGAGGGAGCGGGCGACGUUGAUGGCCGUGAUAAGAAGGUUAAAAUCGAGACUUUAAGCCUCUCCCUCGGCCCGCCUAACCUUUCAUUGUCUCUCAACUCUUCCGUCCCAGCAACGAAUGCUGCUCCUGCCGCGACUGCCACACCGAGCAUUCCAGUUUCGUUGGUUCCACCGAAGAAGAGUUACAGUAAUAGCAUGCGAGCUACCAAUUCGGAGGACUAUGCCCCCUCGCUCUCGUACUCGUGCUCUGUCCCGUUUUCCCACAACCCUAGUUGCUCUCUGACACGAAACUCCACUGAUAACUAUGAAUUCUCGAGGGGAGAUAACGACAAAAUAUGGUAUGCUGGAGAAGGCACGAAUGGAUCUGUACACAGUAAGUUUAAGCCCAUAGGGGAUGGGAAUACCAUUGCUUUCUCGAGUCAUAACAAAGAACUCAACAACAGUCUAUACAAGUCCAACAGCUCAGAUAACGUCUCAUUUUUUCCAUCUGAAUUACCUGCCAGGCCUGCAAAAGUUAAUGGCAUUGCAAGUUCAAACAGCGGUAGAAAUGGCAUGCUUACUAGGCCAGAGAGGAUGCUGAGAGAACUAGUGUCUGAGCCAAUUCCAUCCAUGGCACAAGUGCUCCAUGACUUUCCUACUGAAUCAUCAGAAACGCUGAAGGAAUGUCUGAGAAACCUUAUGGAAUUAACAGAGAAGAAGGAUGAGUUUGCUAGUCUGCAAAGGAAACUAGAGAGGAGAUCAGACAUUUCUUUAGAGAUUCUUUCAAAAGCACAUCGGACCCAGCUUGAAAUUUUGGUUGCUAUCAAAACUGGUAUUGCAUCCUAUGUUUCAGGGAAGAACCGCAUCCCUCCUAAUGAGUUGGCUGAGAUUUUUUCACUCAGGAGGUGCAGGAACUUGGAUUGUAAGAGUGCAUUACCUGUUGAUGAUUGUGAAUGCAAAAUAUGCUCCACCAAUAAAGGUUUCUGUAGCUCCUGCACUUGUCCUGUGUGUUUGAAGUUUGAUUGUGCUUUAAAUACUUGCAGUUGGGUUGGAUGUGAUGUUUGUUCCCACUGGUGCCACGCUGUUUGUGGUAUUGAAAAGAAUCUAAUUAGGCCUGGCCUAAGUUCAAAAGGACCUAUAGGCAUGACUGAGAUGCAAUUCCAAUGCCUAGGAUGCGGGCAUGCUUCUGAGAUGUUUGGAUUUGUCAAGGAGGUUUUCAAUGAGUGUGCCAAAAAUUGGAGUCCUGAUGUGUUAAUGAAAGAGCUAGACUGUGUCAGAAAGAUCUUCCAUGACAGCGAAGAUUUUGAAGGAAAGGAGCUUCAUGCAAAAGCUGAGGAGGUCCUCAAUAUGCUUAUCAAGAAAUUAAUUUCUUCAGAGGAUGCAUGUGAUAGCAUGCUGCAUUUCUUCAAAUAUGGUAAACUAAGUGCAGAUUUUCUUCCCUUUUCUGAUGGAGUCACAGAAUUCUCCGUCACCGGUGGCUCCAAAGGCAUACUCGCACAAGCCAGCCAGCUCGCAAAUACCACUCCAUCGGCAGUGGCCAUCGACGUGUCAAAAACUACAAUCAACUUUACGCCCCCCACAUCCAUCCAUAAACAGAUAGAUCCGAUAAAAGCAGAGGCUAAACCCCUUACACUUGAACCCAGUUUCACCUCGUCAAAGGAUGAUGGAUUCAAGAGUCUGGAAACUGUCGUGAAAUGCAAAGAGGCAGAGGCAAAGCUCUUCCAGAGACUUGCAGAUGAUGCCAGGAGAGAAGCCGAGCGAUAUCGUCAAAUUGUACGUGACAAAAAUGAGAAGUUGGAAGAAGAGUAUGGCUCAAAGGUCGCAAAGCUUUCCCUGCAGGAGACUGAGGAGAGGCGCAGGAAGAAGCUAGAGGAACUUAAGUUUAUUGAGAACUCUCUUUGUGAUUAUCAGAAUAUGAAGAUGCGGAUGCAAGCUGAGAUAGCAGGCUUGCUUGAACGGAUGGAAGCAACCAAGAAAAUGUGGGUGUAACAGCUUCAACAAGUGAUUUCUUUUAUGUACUUGUGGAAAUUUAAGGUUGUAUAUUUUGUUUUCUUGGAUGUCUUCCGAACAAUAUCUUAUCUGCUAGACCAACGCAUGAUUUGCAAAUGUUUCCUUUCCUGUUUUUAUGUAUGUUUCGAGUAGUUUUCUUUUAA